UCUUCUCCCAUUUCCUUGGCCUUGGCCCAUAUAUACUCUGUGAGAUAUAUGUACACGGCUGAGCCGUGUGACGUCAUAAUCGCUCCUAGCGCCUCUGCUGGCAAAAGGCUGAACUCAAAAUUUUCGCUCUCCCAUAAGAGACAAAAUUUAACCAAGGAUGCUCUCUCUGUAUGUACAACUCUUUAUUCUCUGUGAUUACACCCCUUCCGAGGGAGACGAGCUUCGGUUAAUAUCAUUUUUAAUGCGUUUGCGUAACAAUCACACGUACCUGCGACAGUCUGCCCUAUCCACUGGCGGCUCCUCUAGUCCGCUUCUUACCGAAUCCGCUAAUUAAAUUUAAUGUUACGAGUGAAAAAGCCAGAACAGCCAAUGUCAGCUUUCAACAGCAGAGCAGAAGCACAACAAAAGGGAAAUUGCAAACGGAGGAGGGGAAGACGUUUUUCACGAAAGAGACAUCGAAGGUCGCCAUGUUUUCUCGUGGCCGCGCACAUUUGAACAAGUUAAUUUCGGCGGCAACAGAUCCCGCACCAGCAGAGAACCUCAUUGAAAUUUAAUUUUUUCCCUUUAGUCGACAUUAAAUGAUUACAAUUAAAUUAAAAUUUUAAAAUCUAUGACGUGGUAUAAUUUUUUGUUCAUUAAAAAGCUUUCAGCAAUUGCAUAAAUUAAUAGAUAGAGUAUUUAUUGAACACAACUAGGUGUACAACGGGUGUCUAAAGCUAAUUUGUCUUCCUAAAAUUAAUUUUACAAUUAAGCUUGUUUCGAUAAUUAUUACAAAGUACAAAAUUAGUUAAUUUUGAUUUUUGCAGCCUCUCUUAGGCUUAGUUUUCGUUCAUUACAUUCAAGAAUAUGAUAUUGUGAACAUUUCUUACCGCAGUGCUUGCAUUCACAAUCUAUUGUCGCUUGAGAAUGAAAAUUUUUAUUCUUAAAAUCAGUGCCGGACUGGCUCUAAAAAUUUUACCGGGCGUUUUUAAAAUAGGCGGCCCACGCCAACUAAACGGCCCAAUUUUGCGCGCCGGCUUCGCCGGCGACGGCCCUCUAACGGGCCCCCGGCCGCGAUAUUCCGAACCCCACAUCAAUUGGGCGCAUUGUGUGGAAUUGGCGCUCAAAUUCAAAAUUCCCAGAGUUUGAUCAUUAAAAAAUCAGUCAAGAAAGCGAUAGAAUUGAAAAAAAAUAUUUAAUUGACACUGAAUGAAAAUAAUAUGUCUUUGAAAAUUAAUUUGAACAUUUUAGAACAACAAAUCUUCAUAUAAAGCGUUCUAGUUGGAAAGUUUACAGAUAUUUUAUUGUUGACUCCACAAUACACGUGCACUUGAUCAUACUGCAAUUGCACCAAAUAUUAUCAAUCCUUUUGUUUACUUUUGGCCUUUUGUUCUGACGAAUGAAAAGAAAAAAAUUCUUAUUAAAUAAUGGCAGUAGCAAGUCCCACUAAAAAUAUUUUUCCCACGUCCUUCAAUACAAUCUGUGUGGAGAGCUCAACAGAAAAGAUUGUUUUGAGGGCUAUGUUGCAAAAUGAAUCUGAUGCCAAUCAAUGGAAAGAAGAUAUUUGUGCUAUUAGUAGAUCUCAGUGGACAGUCCUUUACGAAAGGGAUAAUCUCGAGAGGUUUGUUGUUCACAAAAAAUGGUAUUGUCACUUCAGCAAGUUAAACAAGACUGAAAAUUCUACAAGGAGCACUGACUGCAAGGCUAAGCUUGAUAUCAAAAUUAAGCUGAAUACUAGAAAUACAAGAAACAAAGACAAAUACAUUAGGCCUGAUAAAAAUGGAAUUAGUAGACCUGCAGUGAUCACCAUCACAGGGGUGCACAAUCACCACCUUAGAAGUGCUGAUACGCUUCGACUGAACCGAGUUCCCAAAAGUCUCGAAGAUACUUUUAUGUCAUAUUUUGAUGAUGGUAAUACCCCAGCGCAAGCAAGGCGCUUGCACGAAGAUCUCCUCGUGUCCGCUGACGCAAUGGUUGAUUUGGCUGAUAAUGCACACAAUCCAACACGGCGGUGUGUGCAUCAUAUGCAUGAGAAGUGGAGUAAAAAAAACUUUGGAGGUCAAAGUGAUUCACCUUUAAUGAAAAUCAUUGAAAAGAACGAAAAUAACUACUAUUUAGAAAGAGACACCCAAGUUUAUGUGACGGUGAAGGAUGAAAAUUGGGCUGUUUUGGUCGUGACUCCAAUCAUGAAAAGGGUGCAACACUUAGAAUCUGCAAAAGAGAGUCUAUUCGUAGAUUCAACAUCAAGUGUUGAUGUGACCCACUGCACUUUAACCUCAAUGACUGUUCCCUCAAAAGCAGGGGCUCUUCCAUUGUGCCUGCUGCUUCACAAUGGCCAAUCAGAGGAUUGCUAUAAAUUAGCCUUUUCCCUGGUAAAAGAUCAUUGCCCAAAGGCAUUUGGAGGAAAUACGGAGCCCCUCACUACAAUGACUGAUGACAGUUCUGCUGAGAGAGGAGCUCUUGCUGCUGUGUGGCCAUCAUCUCGCCAGCUAUUGUGCACUUUCCAUGUAUUAUCAAAGGAAUGGAAAUGGCUCCUAUCUAAUUCUACCAAGGAUGUGAGGAAAAAACUGAUGGGCCUAUUUUACAAAGUCGUUUAUGCUGCAAAUCAAGAGGAAUUUGACAAAGGAGUGGAUGAGAUCCAAAGUUUGAAGUCAGAAAAAAAAUUCGUUGCUCGGUUUGAAAAGUACCUAAAAAGAAAAAAUGAAUGGGCUAUUUACAAAAGGAGUGAUCUUCUAUUAAGAAACAACCACACCAACAACUAUGCAGAGUCCAGCAUCAAAAUUGUUAAAGAGGCUGUACUUGAUAGAAUGAAGGCAUUCAAUCCUGUGGCCUUGGUAGAAUUUGUAAUUGGGCCCAUGGAGUCUUACUACAAGCGGCGGCUCCUUGACCAUGCACAUAAUCGACACUCAGCCCACUCCAUUGUCUUCCACAAGUUACUAAGCAGGAUGGAAAAGAUCAAACCUGAAUCAAUCAAACAAAUUGAGGAGUUUGUUUUUUCUGUCCCAAGUGCUAACAGAAAUGGCACCUUUUAUGAAGUCCAUUCAAAGAUUGGUGUGUGCUCCUGUCCAGUUGGUGAGGGUGGUGCAUUCUGCAAACACCAAUCUCUGCUUGUUAAAUACUUCAACAUCUCCAUGCCCUCGGCUCCUCCACUUCUUAGUGGCGAUCGACUCGAACUUGCUCGCUUGGCCCUCGGCAGCAAAUGCCCUGACUUGAAAUUCUUUUUAGGCCGAACAGAAGUUGAUCCAACUGAAAAGGAGCCAAAUUUAGAUGUUGCUCAUUUUGUGUCGGAUGCACAAGUGGAAUUUGACGAAGAGCUUCACGCAUGCGAAAUUCAUAGUGAAGAACAAGACCUUGAUCCUUUUGAUGAGGCUGAGAAAGAAGAUUUGGUGAAUGAGUGCAAAGAUGCAUUUGCCAGCUUGAUCGAGUUGGCCAAAACUGAUGCAUCAAACGAAUUGCUAAGAAAGUUAAGUAAGGCUUUGAACAAACCGAAGAGUGCACCUGCUGCCACAGCUUCCAUUGUUGCCAUCUAUCGGCAGAUUGGUUCUGUCUGCUCACGAAGUGGACGAAUUCCCAUUCAGUCAAGUGGGCGAGCAAGAAGACGAAAGGGUGUUUCGAAAGGUGCUGCUCAAGUUCCACAAGGCCGUCCACCAAAAAUCAAGCAACACAAUACACCAGAGGUGCAGAAAUCCACAACAAACCAAGGCAAAAGAAAGGUGACUCCAUCUUUAGUCAGUCAGCCUAAGAGACAAAGAAAUUUAAGUCAAGCUGUUCGAGAAAAUGUAGCAAACGCCAAAUCACACUAGUUUAAUAAAUAG